AUGCCUGACAUGAGACUCCGAGUUGCUAUAGUCGGUGCAGGUAUUGGGGGACUCGUCUUCGCGCUUUCGCUGCACAGAUUUAGCAAGGACAUCAGCGUUGACGUCUAUGAGUCCGCUGCUGAGCUCACUGAGUAUGGCGCCGGCAUAGGCGUGUGGGACAGACCAUGGAAAAUCAUGGUUGAUCUUGGGCUUGAAAGGGACCUGGAGUCCAUAGCAAACAGGGGAGCUGCCGCGUCAUUUCAGUACAAGAAAUGCGAUCAGCGAAACGGUAUCAACUUUGACAACCCUACUACUGAUUGCGGAAUGGCGAACUUUCAUAGAGGAGAGUUUCAGCGCGUACUGAGCAAGCAUCUCCCACCAUCUUACACCGUCCACUUUUCUAAAAAGCUCGUGUCCUACGCCAAUUCGGAUUCAGGCGAAGUAAUCCUCAAUUUCCAAGAUGGCUCUCUCGCGACCUGCGACGUCGUCGUAGGCUGUGACGGUGUCCGCUCAGCUGUUCGCGCUACCCUCUAUCGCUCAUUCGCAGAGAGCGCUGAAGUCAACGGGGAUCAUGCGAUGGCAGCAGAAGCGUUGUCUCACGUAAAUGCGAUGUACAGCGGGUGUUCGGCUUACCGUGGUCUUGUUCCAACUGAUCUACUACUGCACAAGUGUCCCGAUCAUAGAGGAACUACAGGCCCUCUUCUGUGUUUUGGAAAAAACAAGCACAUUGUAGCUUAUCCUGUUUCCCAAGGCCGGAUGGUCAAUGUUGUGGUGUUUAUUUCAAAACCUGAGCUCGAAGGGAAACUGUACGAUGGUCGCUGGGUAGUUCCUGUCACGAAGAAGGAGAUGAUGGAGAAGUUCAGUUCGUGGGAUCCCGAGGCGAAGAGCCUGCUCGAAUGCAUGGACGACGUAUCACUGUGGGCGGUGAACGCCGUGGUGGGCUUGCCGACCUUCAUUGGUAGACGGGUGGCUCUCCUUGGGGACGCCGCGCAUGCAAUGACACCUCACCAAGGAUCUGGAGCCGGGCAGGCAUUCGAGGAUGGAUAUAUACUUGCUUCUCUCCUAGGGCAUCCAUCCGUUACUCGUGCAACUGUCAAUCACGCUCUGCACGUCUAUGAUGCAAUACGUCGUCCAUUUGCUCAAGAUGUGCAGAGACGCUCUCGCAAUACCGGAAUACUUUAUCAGCUCAAUGGCGCCGACUGCCAGACUCUGUCUGAAGAAGGCAGUGCUUCGGGUACUGUACCUCUUGAGAAACUUGAGGGGGUCGCACAUGCGAUAGAUGGCAUGAUGAACUGGAUGGGGGUGGGCUCAGCAAUGACCGAAUGUUCCCGGGCCUUGAAUAUGUUAGCGAACAAUAUGGCGCGCUCCAGCGGAUAUGCGCCUGCGUCGACAGCCUCCGUCUUGGGAUCGCACAAGCUAUGA